AUGUCUGACCUCUUCCGGCAGAGCGUCGAUGGCCACUCACCUCCCACGACAGACACUCUUCGGCCAAGGCCCACUCCACUACCGGUCCAGCCAGGCACCGCAGAAACCGACGACUACCCAUCCUCAGACUCAUCUGCUUCAUCCGCCGCCACAGUCGAGACGAUAAGGCCGUCUUCACGAGAGCAACAAGCUCCGCCUACGCAUUGGACCAAUUAUUUCGACCAGGAACUGCAUCUCGACCAGGAGAACGAAUUCCAGAAGGCUGUCUAUCACGUCUACCUGACCCCACCAACAAAUCCCAGUAAAGGACCUCUCUUCAUAUGCCAUCAUGGAGCUGGAGCAUCAGGCAUGUCGUUCGCAGUCUUUGCCCAAGAAAUACGUAAAAGGCUUCCAGACGCGGGCAUACUCUCCCUCGAAGCUCGCGGCCAUGGCUCCGUCGUGAGGGACAUCUCUACUGCCGAAGAAAUAGUGGACUACAGUCUGGCAAGUCUCACCACAGACGCGCUCGCCAUGAUUCACCUGACCAAGACAUCGCAAUCCUGGCCUGCAAUGCCGCCCACCGUCUUGAUCGGUCACAGCCUGGGCGGUGCUAUCAUGACCACACUCUCCGCUACCCAUUUCAAAUCCUUCGGCCCCGCCUUAAUUGGCUAUUCCGUGAUAGACGUUGUAGAAGGCUCCGCAAUCGAGGCUCUCUCCCACAUGAGGACCUACCUUGCCUCUCGGCCCUCCAUCUUUUCCUCCCUGGAAGAAGCCGUAUCCUGGCACAUCCGAACUCGCACCAUCCGUGACCAGCGCAGCGCGGAAGCCUCGGUUCCCUCUCUGCUCGUCCCCUCUCCGACAGGAAACGGAAAGUACAUCUGGCGCACAAACCUUCAGAGCACUUCUUCGUGGUGGCAAGAGUGGUUUCAAGGAAUGUCGUCGAAAUUCCUCCUUGGCCGCGGCGCAAAGAUGCUCAUCCUCGCCGGGACGGAUCGUCUGGAUCGCGAAUUGAUGAUCGGGCAGAUGCAAGGAAAAUUCCAAUUGACUGUAAUCCCGGAAGCGGGACACUUCGUGCAAGAGGAUGUCCCGGAGAAGGCGGCAAAUCUGCACGUGGAAUUCUUCAGGAGGAAUGAUCGGAGCCAGAUGGUCUUGCCGCCGAAGGUCAGCGAUCUGCUUGCUCAGGGAAAGAAGGUCUAG